GUUUUCCUUCCGGGCAGAAUUUAAAGGAGCGCUUGUUAUAUGACCUGAGAGAUUCACGCAUUUAUGAAGAAACCCUGAAGAUGUCAAAAGUCUGCCUGCAUUUAUCAAGGUUUUCUUUGGGUCACGAUGUUUUUCCCAGCAGAACACAUGCGAAUUUAAGGAUGCUGUGCUUCACGUCAAAGCUUUGUGCAAAGUCCAGAGAACUUCCAGAUGAUAAAGCAUCCAAGCCCAUCCAGUUCUCAACCAGCAGAGCCAGUCACCGGACCUGGAGAGUGGACCGUUCGAUGGGCAGCACAUACCAGCGGCCCUGGUGGAGGGUUCUGCCCAUCAGCCUUGUCGGAGUCGGCUUCAUCGUCUGGUGCUUUUUCAGGAGAGAGACCGAGAUCGACGAGUCUCUGGAGAAAAACCUGUAUGAACAUUUACCAGGACUGCUGUCCGAUGAAGAACAGGAGGAAGUCAUCAAAAACAAACCCUCGUAGUGGCUUAAAAUUGACAUUUUCGAUUUGGAACGUUUGUUCAGUGUUUUUUUUUUUUCAAACUGAGAGCGAUCAAAUCAACCGUCCACAUUCUGUGCUCUUGAAAGUGGCUGUAUCAUCUGCAGCUGGAUUUAUAUUGAAGACUGUAAAGCCAGCGGCAUUAUAUUGAAUCCAUAAAAGGAGAAAAGUAUAAUUUGUAUUUGUGGUGUGUCUGCUAGUUCGAA